CUCUUGCGCUUUGUAUGAGCGAGUUGUGCGUGUUAAGAAUAUUAAAAACGAAAAAAAAAUCCAAAAUGACUGUUCUGGAAAAAAAAACUCCAACAAAUGUCGAUGCUCCUUCUUCCAUCAUGAAUAGGAUAAUCUGUAUUACAGUUCUGAGUCCUGAUGCAAGUAGAUUUUUGGCCCGUGUUAAAAUGACAACCCCACUUGGAAGAAUAAUGACAGCAUAUUGUGAAAUAAAUAACAUUCGUGAGACAGAUGUGGUGUUCCGGUUUGAUGGGAGAAGAAUUUCUAGUACCGAUACUGCUUUGUCAUUUUCAAUUAUAGAUGGUGACAUGAUCGAUGCCAUUCACUCGAAUUAAUUACUACUUAUUAAUUUAUACUUCAUUUGUACAUCCUACUUAUGUAAAUUACCUUAUUUUAUUUCAAAAUGUAAUUUUUUAUAAAUUCAU